AUGUGCAAGGUUUCGGCCAUGCGUUUUGUGCAGCAGCAGCUUCCGGCGGUAGUUGUACCUCAAGUGUAUGCUUAUGAGGGACCCGGAUCAUCACUGGCUAUCGAUGCUGGCGCAAGCUAUAUGCUUUUAGAGAGUUUCUACGGGAAUACCUUACAGGAUACUGCUUUUGAUAUUUGCAGCUCCAUCCCUUCCAUCACUGAGGCCGGAGAGCCUGUUACUGAGAAGUUGUCUAUCGCGGCCUCCGAGGGACUUGUCCCUCCCGGGCCUUUCUUUGAUACCAGCGAGUAA